CGGCCCCACCGGCCAUUGUCCCUCCGGCCCUCGCGAGUCGCGACCUCCACUGCAACCGCACCGCCAUGAUGAAACCGCCGGCACCGGCGGUUCCGUCGCCUGAGCCGCCGCGCCUCGCCGGCGGUGGGCGUGGGCCGCGCGGCCUCCGAUCCCUGCCCGCGCUCUCCUACAACACCCACCGCGCCCUCGUCCUGGGGCUCACCUUCCUGGCCUACGCGCUCUACCACGCCUCCCGUAAACCGCCCAGCAUCGUCAAGCGCGAGCUCGCCCGGUCGUGGCCGCCCUUCGCCGACCCGGCGCUCCUCGGCGCCACGGACGUCGCCUUCCUCACCUCCUAUUCCCUCGGCAUGUUCGUCGCCGGCCACCUCGGCGACUGCCUCGACCUCCGCCGCUUCCUUGCCUUCGGCAUGGUCACCAGCGGCGCCGCGGUGGCGCUCUUCGGCGCCGGGUACUUCCUAGGCCAGCAUUCGCUCGCGUUCUACGUCGUCGCCCAGGUGAUUGCGGGCCUGCUCCAGUCCACGGGCUGGCCCUCCGUCGUCGCCAUCGUGGGCAACUGGUUCAGCGGCCGGAGGCGUGGCCUCAUCAUGGGCAUAUGGAACGCGCACACCUCGGUGGGGAACAUCACCGGAUCGCUUGUCGCCGCAGCCAUGCUUGGGUACGGGUGGGGAUGGUCGUUCGUGGUCCCCGGUGGUCUCAUUGCGCUCGGUGGCGUCCUCGUGCUGUUCUUCCUCGCGCCAUACCCCCAGUACGUCGGCUUCGGCCCGUCGCCGAUUGAAGAACCUGUCACUGAUGAGAGCACCGACGGGGAGGACAUUAGUGCCGCAGGGAAGGACAGACGGGAUGCCGUCGGAAUUUUUAAGGCACUGGCCAUUCCCGGUGUCGUCAUCUUCGCGCUCUGUCUCUUCUUCGCCAAACUAGUUGCGUACACUUUUCUGUACUGGCUCCCAUUCUACUUGAGCCAGACUGCUAUUGGAGACGAGCAUAUGUCAGCUGCAUCUGCAGGAUAUCUAUCAGUUUUGUUUGAUGUAGGUGGAAUAGUUGGGGGAGUUCUGGCCGGCUUCAUAUCUGACCAGCUUAAUGCUAGGGCAACCACUGCUGCCGUUUUCAUGUACUUGGCGAUUCCAUCUCUUUUCCUCUUUCAUGCAUAUGGUAGUACCUCAAAAGCGACAAACAUUGGCUUGAUGAUGAUCAGUGGCCUGUUUGUUAAUGGACCCUAUGCUCUGAUAACAACCGCUGUUUCUGCUGAUUUGGGAACUCACAAAUCUCUUAAAGGAGAUUCUCGCGCAUUGGCCACGGUAACCGCAAUUAUAGAUGGGACAGGAUCUCUUGGUGCUGCACUAGGACCAUUCAUAACGGGCUUCAUUUCAAGAAAAGGAUGGGAUUUAGUAUUCACAAUGCUUGCACUCUGUGCACUGGUUGCUGCUGUGCUGUUGUCAAGUCAUGUGAAAACAGAAAUUCCUCAGAUCAUCCAGAAGUGGAGAGAUCGCUCGACUAACGCGCAGAAUGGAAAUGCAGAUCCUGGUGUUCAGCCACUUCUAGUGGACGAAAGUUGACGGGGAGAUCUUUCGGUGCGGCUCCUAGUGCGACACAGUUUUGUAGUGUUGUUGUGAGGCAGUGUGAUGGUUCUGGAGAAAAGACAAAUCAGACGAUGACGAGGAAACGGUUUCUGUCCCUAAUGCUUAUUGAUCUGAGCAAACAAACAUGAGCGGGAUACAAUCUAUUUUCUCAAAAAUGAUGGUAUAGUCCAUUGUAGAUUUGCAGUAGAAUCUUUAGAUACACCAAUAUGUUGUGUAAGAAUAUACUGUGUAUCUUUACGCAU